AUGAUUUCACAAUUGAUAAAUAGACAUAAUAAUAACAACAACAACAUUGUUCAAUUGCAAUAUCGAUCAUUUUUUGAUCUACCAUUUCAAUCAUCACCAUCGGAAGAUUUUAAUGAUAAUAAUAAUAAAAAUAAUCGUCAAGAAUUUACUGAUCAACGAAUUGUUAGAUUUACAAAAACACAGAUAUACAAUGUUGUUGCCAAUGUUGAUGAUUAUGAACAAUUUUUACCAAAUUGUUUGGAAUCAACAGUUUUAUCACGUUCACCUGAUCGUAUGGAAGCUGAAUUAGUUGUUGGAUUUCCACCAUUGAUAACUGAAAAAUAUACAUCCAUCAUUUAUCUGGAUAAACCGAAUCGUGUACUGGUGAAAGGAAUGAAUAGUACAAUAUUAAAAUAUUUAGAAUCAGAAUGGAAAUUUGAAGAAUUGAAUGCAAAACGAACAUUAGUAACAUUUAAUGUUACAUUUGAAUUUCAAUCAACCAUACAUUCACGUUUUAUGAGUCUGUUUUUUGAUGAUUUUACCAAGAAAACAAUGAAAGCAUUUCUAGAUCGUGCUUAUAUCAUCUAUAGUGCUGAUCCAUUAUAUUUUGAUGAUGAUGGUGAUAAAUCUUAACAAUUUUUAAUUUUUUUUUCUUCCCUCAUACACACUCAUCAAGUUAUCAUUUAAUUUCGUUUUUGUUUUUUUUGGUUAUUGAAUUUUAGGAUGGCAACAUAUAUGUUAUAUAUUUUUUUAUAAAUAAGAAAAUUGUACAUGUGUGUGAU